GGGACAUGGGGCAAAAGGGACACAGUGCCCAUGGAAAAGGGACAUGGAGGAAAAAGGGAAAUGGAGCUAAAGAAAGGGACACAGUGCCCACGGAAAGGGACACAGUGCCCACGGAAAGGGGGACAUGGUGCAAAAGGGAACGUGGAGCAAAAGGGACAUGGCAUCCACAGAAAGGAAACAUGGAAAAAAAAGGACAGAGGAAAAGGGACACGGUGCCCAUGGAAAAGGGGACACAGAGCCAAAGGGACACAGAGCAAAGGGGACACGGAGCAAAGGGGACAUGGAGCAAAGGGGACAUGGAGCCCACGGAAAAGGGGUCACGGUGCAAAAGGGGCACAGAGCCAAAGGGGACACGGUGCAAAAGGGGCACGGUGCAAAAGGGGCACAGAACAAAAGGGACAUGGAGCAAAGGGGACAUGGAGCCCAUGGAAAGGGGCACAGAGCCAAAGGGGACACAGAGCAAAAGGGACAUGGCACAAAAGGAAAAGAGGACAUGGAGCAAAAGGGACACGGUGCUUACAGAAGCAGACACGGAGCCAAAGGAGCCCAGAGCCCACUGAAAGGAGAUAUGGAGAAAAAGGGACACGGAGCCCACGGAAAAGCAAAAGAGACACAGCCUCCACGGAAAGGGGACAUGGAGCAAAAGGGACACUGUGCCCAUGGAAAGGGACACAAAGGGAAAGGGACAUGGCAUUUAUGGAAACGGGACAUGGAGCAAAAGGGACACGGGCCUAUGGGGACACGGGGCAAAAGGGGCACAGAGAAAAAGGGACAUGGAGCAAAGGGGACACGGAGCCCACAGAAAGGGACACAGAGCAAAAGGGACACGACGCAAAAGGAAAAGGGACACGGCACAAAAGGGACACUGUGCCCACGGAAAGGGACAUGGAGGAAAAGGACAUGGAAGAAAAGGGACACUGUGGUCAAGAAAAGGGACACGGCUCAAAAGGGAUAUGACAGAAAAGGGGACACGGAGCCCAUGGAAAGGAGGAUGGAGCAAAAGGGACAUGGCGCAAAAGGAAAAGGGACACAGCGCAAAAAGGACACUGUGGCGAUGGAAAGGGACACGGAGGAAAAGGACACGGAGGAAAAGGGACAUGGAGGAAAAGGGACACAACAGAAAAGGGGGCAUGGAGGAAAAGGACACGGAGAAUAAAGGGACACGGAGGAAAAGGAAAAGGGACACGGCACAAAAGGGACACGAAGGAAAAGGGACACGACAGAAAAGGGGACAUGACAGAAAAGAGGACACGGCACAAAGGGGACACGGCACAAAGGGGACACGGCACAAAGGGGACACGGAGGAAAAGGGACAGGACAGAAAAGGGACACGGCAGCCAGGCAGCAGAAGGAGCCCCGGAGGACGCGGCAGCCGCGCUCCCAGCCCGCUGCCAAAGCCACUCGCUGCCCCCGGUAACGUGGCAGGCGGCACAAACGGAGCAAUUACCAGAAUUUCAUUUUCAUUAACUAAUAAA